AUGGGCGAUGGAAUGGGCUACGGCUUUGCAAUGAGAAGUCUUUGGAUCUGUGUCUUGUUUGUGAGCAUCACCUGUCGUUUGAGCCUCUCCCAGGUUGCCACGGGAACUCCCAAAGAGGCUGAACUAAAUGACAACAUUACCAUUUUCACACGCAUACUUGAUGGACUACUGGAUGGCUAUGACAACAGACUUCGACCUGGACUGGGAGAAAAGGUGACAGAGAUCAAGACCAACAUCUUUGUCACAAGCUUCGGUCCAGUUUCUGACACUGAAAUGGAAUACACUAUCGACGUGUUCUUUCGUCAGAGUUGGAAAGACGAAAGACUUUGUUUUAAGGGCCCGAUGGAGAUGCUCCCCCUUAAUAAUCUCCUGGCCAGUAACAUCUGGACCCCUGACACCUUCUUUCUCAACGGGAAGAAAUCCAUUGCGCAUAAUAUGACAACGCCUAACAAGCUGCUACGGCUCAAAGAUGACGGCACUCUCCUCUACACCAUGAGACUAACGAUAUCAGCAGAAUGCCCCAUGCAACUGGAGGAUUUCCCAAUGGAUGCCCAUGCUUGUCCACUUAAGUUUGGGAGCUAUGCCUAUCCAGUCUCCGAGGUGGUCUACACAUGGACCCAGGAAGCAGCCAAAUCAGUAGUGGUGGCAGAAGAGGGCUCGCGGCUCAAUCAAUAUCUUUUGAUUGGUCAGACUGCUGGGACGGAGGACAUCUACACCAGCCGAGGUCAAUACACUGUGAUGAUGGCUCACUUCUACCUGAAGAGGAAGAUUGGUUAUUUUGUCAUCCAAACUUACAUGCCCUGCUUCAUGACCGUUAUCCUAUCGCAGGUGUCCUUCUGGCUCAACCGUGAGUCUGUGCCAGCGCGAACUGUUUUUGGUGUGACCACCGUGCUCACCAUGACUACACUUAGCAUCAGUGCCAGAAACUCCUUGCCCAAGGUGGCCUAUGCCACGGCUAUGGACUGGUUCAUAGCCGUGUGCUACGCCUUUGUUUUCUCUGCCCUCAUUGAGUUUGCCACAGUAAACUACUUCACUAAGAGGAGCUGGGCCUGGGACGGAAAGAAGGCAAUGGAGGCCCAACAGCCCAAGAAAAGGGACCUGCUGGCUCUGUCAAAGAAGCCAAACAACGCCUGUUCAGCUGGAGUCAAUUACACAACCAACAUCACCAAGGAUGCCUCCAUCUCCACCAUUUCAAACAGCACAGCUGUUCAGCUCAAGCCCUCUGAAAGUAAGGCUCCAGACCCCAAAAAGACUUACAACAGCGUGAGCAAGAUUGACAAGAUGUCCAGGAUAGUGUUCCCAGUACUGUUUGGGACAUUCAACCUCGUGUACUGGGCCACGUAUCUCAACAGGGAACCAGUGAUCAAAGGAGCUGUGUAA